AUGUCCGAAGUGGAAGACAUACAAGAAUUCAAUAAGGAAGACGAAUCUCCGUUACAUACAGUUGGUUUUGAUCCAAGAUUUCCUCAACAGAAUCAAACUAGACAUUGCUGGCAAGCGUACGUGGAUUAUCACAAAUGUAUCAAUAUAAAAGGUGAAGAAUUUGCUCCAUGUAAAGUGUUCUGGAAAACUUAUCAAUCUUUAUGCCCAGUGGAUUGGAUUGAAAAAUGGGAUGAACAAAGGGAAAAAGGUAUCUUUGCCGGUGAUAUUAACCCAUGA